UUUUGAUUUUUACAAUGGCUUUUACUGGCGGGAGCGUUUGUAGCGCAAUAAAUUGCACCAACAACAGAAAGAAGACACCAAAGCUGUCUUUUUUUAGGUUUCCUAAGGAUCCUGAGAGGAGCAGAAAAUGGCUUGUUAAUAGCAGGCGAGAAGACCUCAUGAAGAAAGACCCAGUGUACCUGUAUAGUAAUAUUAGGUUUUGUUCGCUACAUUUCGAACAAAACCAGUUCAUGAACGCAGACAACAACAAACUCGUGUGGAAUGCAGUACCCACCCUGUUUGACAUUCCAAAUAAGCCACCUCAGCUGACGAUGAAGAGGAAACUGCCACAAAGAUUCGACAGUCAAUCUAAAGCAGUAAAACAGUCCUAUGACACAGAAGCAGCUGGUUCAGCUCACCAUGUAUCAGUGCCAGAUUCGUGUGAAUCGUCAACACAGACCUGCUUUGACGAUGAAGUGGUUAGAUUAAGUGCAGCUGUUCGUGUCUUGCAAAAGCGUGUGAAGUGUCAGAAUGUGCAAAUCGCUAGACUUCGAGCGAAACUGCUGUUAAUCAAGUUAUUUGUUAAAGUGAGACUCGUUUACAGGCUGAAAUAUUGGAAUCAAGACGUAGUUUCUAACAACAAGAAAGCAAAUAAGAAACUGAAGAAGUUGGCUCAUUUGGGCUGCUGAUUUCUUUGGUAUGUAUUUCGUUCACUUCUGUUGUUAGUCACUUAAUUUCCCUUGCU